CAAACACAAAGCUCACUCGCUGCCGGUUGGUACAAUUUCACUAAAAUUCGCCUUUUUUUAGGUUUCCGCGAUGAACGAAAUCAACCACAAAACCGUCUUUGUGCUCGAUCACACGCCCUACUUCGGCAUAUCGUGCGAAAGUCCGAUCGAUUGCGAUUUUAUCAAGAGCAAAAUACCGGUACCCCCGAUCAGCAAGAGCCUGUGGACGUGUGCGGUAGAAGCUUCGGUAGAGUAUUGCCGCAUAGCGUACGAUCUAUUUCCCGUCGGCAAAUUGAUACGGUUCGUAGUGAGUGAUACGGCGGCACAUAUCGUGAACACAUGGAACACGGGCACGCAAACGCUGACGCACAUACUGAACGCGAUGACGAUGGUUGGUGUGCCACCGCGCCAAACGCAAGCCUCGGACUAUUCGGUGAUACAUGGGUUGCGGGCCGCUAUCGAGGCACUGGCGGAACCGACCGAAUUUCAGAAGGAACAAAUACUUGCCCAUUCGAAGAACGACAGCUUUAAGCUCGUCAAUCGUGGACGGGUGAUUUGUAUCACCUCUGCCCGGGACGAUGCCAGCAUGAAGAGCUUGGAGGACAUUUUCCGCACGGUGCUGGUGCAGCAAAAUACGAUAGCUGGACAUAAGGAUUACAUCGGCAUUGAUCAGUGCCAUCUUGUAAUCAUCAACCUGUACCCGGCCAAUAUGGAAUCGAUGGUUUCGAACCGUGCGCUGAUCGACAUAUCGCCCAUACUGAUGUCGGAGAUACACUCGAACAAGGCGAACAGCAUAUCGAACAAGCUGACUAACCUUAUUCUGCCACACUUUGAUCUCGCUAGCACCACGGUUACCGGGAUACCGAUGAAGGAAGAGCAAAAUGCCAGCUCUAGCGCUAACUACGAUGUGGAGAUUUUUCACGGACGUACCGCACACUCGGUGUUUCUCGGCACGGAGCUGGUGCUGCCACACAGUUUGAAGGAAGGUUCGGACUACGAAACGGUCACACUGAAGUGGUGCACACCGCGUAGCUGCGGUUCCUCGGAAAUGCAACCCUGUUUAGCGCAGUGCCGUGUCACACCGGUCGAUGUAACGUCGCGGCCAAGCUCGUGCCUAAUCAAUUUCCUGCUCAGCGGCCGUUCGGUGUUGCUCGAGAUGCCGAAGAAAUCGGGUGGAAAAAUCACCAGCCAUCUAUUAUCGGCCCAUGGGGGAGAGAUUUUUAUACACUCGCUCAACACCGCCCGUAGCUGUUUGGAGGAUCCACCUUCUAUAACGGAGGGUGGUGGGGGCCGGGUGACGGACUAUCGAAUAAAGGAUUUUGGUGUGCUGAUGCAGCAACACCGGCUGGUCCCACUGAAACCAAUGCCAGAGCGGCAACCGGAUGAAAAUAUGUUAAAAAUGCGAACAAAGCUGGCACGAAACUCACGCUACUGGCCACUGACACUCGGCCGUACGGUGCUGUACAAUAUACGGCACUUUGUGGAACCAAUACUGCUGCUAACCCAAAAACCGGAACUCACUGAAGAGGAGAAAAUGAUGUGCCUCAAAUCGAUCUACAACCUGUCGAAGCUGGAAGAACGGCAGGAAACGAUUGCCAUGCCCAACAUGGGUCACCGGUUGAAGGGCAACAAAAAGGAAGAACAGUACCGGUUGCUUUGGUCGGAGCUGGAAACGGUGGUCAACUAUAAUGGAACGUCCCCUAGUCAUAAGGCCAUCGUAAGCUGUAUACGCGAAUGCCGACGAAUGUAUCCGAACGCGGACGGUAACGAUCCGCAUGAUAAAGCACACGGUACGGAAGGGAAUGUGACUGAUGCGCACCGUGCCAGUGUGAUUCGUGCAACAACCGAUUCACCCAUGUCUCCGCCACAUUCGAUGAGUUGCAGCAGUGCUGGUGGCGGUAGCAGUGGCAGCGGUGGUGCCGUGGUACCAGCGGAAUCCUCCUCCUCCUCGGCAGCUGUUACGCUUGGCUCGGGCAAUGCAUCGGCUAGCGGCGUAGUUGGGCUGCUUGGAGCACGGGCGGCAAGUAGCAGCGGCAGCAGCAAGAAGAGCCACGGCGGUUCUGGUAGUCGAUCGUUGUUCGACGUGUUGGCUACUACGGAGCGAACCAUCAGCCAGAAACGAAUCGAUUUCAGUGGACGGCUUUGUACGCCAUCGGGACAGGUCGCAAAGCUGUAUUCGCAUCUUGGAGCGAAAGAUGCAGAUAGUUCACAGGGCAGACCGGCGGAUGUAAAAUAA